UCAGAGGUGUUACCCAAUCAGCAGCGACAUGUAUAUAAACCCCGCCGUAUUAAAAAGGCACAGCGCACAAUGGAUCCAACUGAAGUCCUUCACAAAUGCGUCCACUGCAGCUUGGUGUAUGCAACAAUUGAAGACAUUAGAAGACAUGAUUGUCGAACGAAGGAUGCUCCUCACCAGUCUGGACAAGACCGACAUUGACAUGCAGAAUCGCCACAAUCUGGACUUCUCUGAGAGGAAGAGGAGCAUGGACAAAGAGUGGACCUAUAAACAGGAAGUGACCACUGACAGCCCCUCCAGGGACCUUUUCAAGAGCAGUGACCUCAAGCAGCCCCUUGACAAAGGGCUCACCCACGACUUUGCACAGAUGAGGAAGGAUAAACUUGUACCCUUUCUGCCAGGAAAGGGUGUAGAUGCCCCUAGGUUUCUCAGAAACAUGAACAGGAGAGGCAUGCAGAACCCCCUGGAUGAGAUGGCCCUCCUGAAUCAGGGGUUGUUGAAGGAGAAGUUGCCCCAAGAGCAGAAGUGUUUGGAGAUAGAGCUGGAUGAAGCCCUGGCCAACUUGCACAACAUGUCCACUGAGAGGGACAACCUGGCAGAGCAGCUGAGGGUUUCACAGGAACAGGCUAAGAGUGAGCAGAUGUACCUGUUGCAGAGGGUGAAGGACUUGCAGGCCACCAUCUUUCAGCUGGACGAGGAGCGGUGUGAUCUUAAUAGCAAGCAAUCCAUUAAGGCAGGGCAAAUCCUGGACCUGGAGAAGCAGAUCCACACCUACAGCUGCAAGUUGGACGUGACUGAAGAGGAGCUUAAAAAGUCACAGACAGAAUGCAACUCACAGAAGGAGCUUAAGACAAAGUCGGAGAAUGCUCUCAGUGACACCCAAAGCAAACUUAAGGCCAAGGUGAGGGAACUUCAGAAUGUUCUUGAAAGGAAUGAGCAGCUGGAGCAGAAGAGUGACUCUUUGUUUGAGCAGUUGAAUGAUGUAAGAAACGGGCUUUACAGCCUGCAGUCAAUGACAUUCCAGCUCAAUAAAGGCAAAGAGGCACUCCAAGAAGAACUGGAUAAAAAGGAUAAACUAAACGGAAGUCUGAGUGUUAAGGUUGAGAAACUGGAGACUUCCGCAAAGAGUCUGCACGAGGAAGUGAGCAGAGGGAACAAGGAGCUGGACGCCAUGCAGAGGAAACUAACUGACACCAAAGAGCAGCUGAACGCUGUGCUGAGGGAGAAGGAUGUCAUGUUUCAAGCAAAUACUGACCUCCAAGAUGACCUUGACAAGGUCCACCUCGAUAACCUGUCUCUGCAGCGCAAGGUGGAAGGAUCCAGCCAGGAAAUGGAGGUCCUACAGAGGAAAGUCCAGGACUUCAUGACUGAGAGUUCCUGCUCAAAGAUGUUGUUGUCAUCCAAAGAUGAAGUCAUAGAUAAGCUGAAGUUUGCCGUUAAGGAACUGGAGACAUCAGUAAAGAGUCUGCAGCAGGAAGUGAACAGGGGGAACAGCGAGCUGGAUGCCAUUCAGAGGAAACUAACAGACAAGGACCAACAACUGAACAAUGUGACGAGGGAGAAAGAGGCCCUGCUUAAAGCAAAUUCUGACCUCCAAAGUGGCCGUUACAGGACCAAGGCUGAUAAACAGGGCGUGGAGAGCAGGGGUGAAGGAUACAGCCAGGAGGUGGAGCUGUUGCAGAGGAGACUGCAGGAUUACAUGACUGAGAGCUCCCACAUGGAAAUGUUGUUGUGGUCUAAAGAGGAUAUCAUUGAAGAUCUAGAGCUCACAGUUGAGGAACUGGAGACCUCGACAAAGAAUCUGCACCAGGAAGUGAGCAGAGGGGACAGGGACCUGGACGCCAUGAAGAGGAAACUAACGGACAAGGAGAGGCAACUGAACGCAGUGACAAGGGAGAAGGAGGCCCUGCUUAAAGCGAACACUGACCUCCAGGGCGGCUUGUACAGGAUCCAGCGUGAUAACCCGGAAGAAGUCAUUGAAGCCCUGCGUCUCAAAAUACAGGAACUGGAGUCUUCAGUGAAGAGUCUGCAGCAGGCACUGCGUGAGAGAGACUGUGAGCUGGAAUCUGUGCGCAAGAAAGUUGCCGACACAGAAAAGGAGCUGGACUGCAUGGAGAAGGAGAAAGAGGCCAUGCGUCAAGCAAAAGCAGCCCUACGAGAAGACCUCAGCAAGGUCCAGCUCGAUAACCAGGCUCUGCAGCGCAAGAUGGAAGGAUCCAGCCAGGAUGGACUGCAGAGGAAACUCCAGGAGAGUAUGACUGAGAGCUCCUACUUAAAGAUAUUGAUGUCUUCUAAGGAGGAUGUGAUUGAACACCUUCAGGCCACUGUUAAGGAGCUGAGGGCAAAGAGUCUGCAGCAGGAAGUUAGCAAGGACAACAGUGAGCUGGACGCCACGCAUAGGAAACUGAGGGACGCCAAGGAGAAUCUGGAUACUGUGCUGAAGGAGAAAGAAGUAGUGCUUAAAGACAAUUCCGACCUUAAAGGUGUCCUCACCAAGGUCCAGCUUGAGAACCAGUCUCUGCAGCGCAUGGUGGAAGAAUCUAAUCCGGAGGUGGAGCUCCUGCAGAAGAAGCUCCAGGAGAGCAUGAAUGAGAGUCUCAGCACUGGAAUAUUACUGUCCUCUAAGGAUGAAGCCAUUGCACGUCUGCGGCUGACCGUCGCGGAACUGGAAGAAUCAGCAAAGAGUCUGCAGCAGGCAGUGAACAGGGGGAACAGCGAGCUGGACGCUGCGCAGAAGAAGCUAAGAGACACCGAGAAGAGCCUGGAUACUCUGGUGGGGGAGAAAGAGGCCAUGUUUAAAGAACAGGUUGACCUCCAAGGUCAGCUUGACAAGAUUAAUCUUGAUAACCGGGCUCUGCAGCGCAAGGUGGAAGGAUCCAGCCAGGAAGUGGAGCUCCUGCGGAAGACCCUUCAGGACUACAUGACCGAAGGCACCCACACAAAGAUACUGUUGUCCUCUAAGGAAGAUAUCAAUGAACGUAUGCAUCUCAGGAUACAGGAACUGGAUACUUCAGCAAAGAACCUGCAGCAGGCAGUGAGUGAGCGAGACGGGGAGCUGGACGCUGUGCAGAAGAAGCUAAUAGACACGGAAAAGAAGCUGGAUUUCGUAGUGAUGGAGAAAAAGGCCAUGCUUCAGGCAAAUAACCGCGUCCGGAUCGACUUUGACAAGCUCCGGCUGGAUAACGAGGCUUUGCAGCGCAAGGUGGAAGGAUCCAGCCAGGAAGUGGAGCUCCUGCAGAGGAAACUCCAGGACUACAUGACUGAAAUCUCCCAAAACAAUAUAUUGUUGUCCUCUAAGGAGGAAGCCAUUGCAAGCUUGCGGCACACAGUUACGAAACUGGAGACUAAGAAUGUCCAACAGGAAGUGAGCAGGGGAAGCAACGACCUCCAGAGGAAACUAACUGACACAGAAGAGAACCUGGUUUCUGUCAUAAGGGAGAAGGACUCGGUGCUUAAAGCCAAUGCUGACCUCCGUGACACCCUUGAAAAGAUCCAGCUCGAUAACCAGUCUCUGCAGCGCAAGGUGGAAGGAUCCAACCAGGAAGUGGAGCUCCUGCAGAGGAAACUCCAGAACUACACGACUCAGAACUCCAAAAACAAUAUAUUGUUAUCCUCUAAGGAGGAAGCCAUUGCAAGCUUGCGGCACACAGUUACGAAACUGGAGACUAAGAAUGUCCAACAGGAAGUGAGCAGGGGAAGCAACGACCUCCAGAGGAAACUAACUGACACAGAAGAGAACCUGGUUUCUGUCAUAAGGGAGAAGGACUCGGUGCUUAAAGCCAAUGCUGACCUCCGUGACACCCUUGAAAAGAUCCAGCUUGAUAACCAGUCUCUGCAGAGCAAGGUGGAAGGAUCCAGCCAGGAAAUGGAGCUCCUGCAGAAGAAACUCCAGGACUCCAUUUCUAAAACGUCCAGUAUGAAUGAACAGCUGUCCCUCAGAGAGGAAGUCACUGAAAACCUGCAGCUCACAGUUAAGGAGCUGGAGACAUCAGUGAAGAAUCUGCAGCAUUCGGCAAACCGAGCACAAAAGGAGCUCCAGUUUGCCCGAAAGAGAGUGAGCAACACUGAGGAAAUCCUGUCUGCUCUGAUGAAGGAGAAGGAGACCACAGAGAAGGAGAACCUGGACCUGAGGGAUGAGCUAUACUCCAUGCAGUCAGGCAAUCAGGCUCUGCAGCGCAAGAUGGAGGGCUCCAGCCAGGAGGUGGAGCUCCUGCAGAUGGAGCUCCAGGAUUUCAGCACUGACGUCAACAUCUUGCAGUCCUGGGUUUCCUCCAGCGAGGCAGCCAUUGCACGUCUGCUCAAGACAUUUGAGGGACUGGAGCCGUCAGUAGAGGCUCUACAGCACAUGCAGAGCACAGGGAAUGUGGAUCCGGAUGCCGCGAGGAGCGAAUGGAAAAGCACAGACGCAGAGCUGGGUGCUCUGACGCAGAAGGAGGAGGGCACACAGGAAACUUUGUCCAAUUGCUGAGACAGAAAGCACGUCUUGGAAAAGAUAUUCUAGGUCACUUUGUCUCUAUGGUUUAGUGACACUUUUUAUUUUUCUGCUAGCGCCAGUGGGAGGAGAGGUACAAAUGGUAUGAUGUCACUACUUGGCGCAUGUUUGGCAGAAGCAAACAUGGCCGAAUUAAACCCACCCCACACCUGGUGGGACAAGGCCAGUUUUUCCCAGCCACUGUGGGAUCCUGGGCACAGUAGCCCACACGGCCAUGGCAAGGCUCUAACCUGCAACUAUAGGAACCCGUGCCUUUCCCAACUGAGCCACUGCAGCUGGAUUUUUAUGGAAUGAUUACUAUGCCUUUUUAUAAUAAGAAACUUUACUCAGUACUUUCCUUCAGCAAACAAAGCUUUUCCUGGACAUAAAAGGGCAGACAAAAUAUCCUCUGCACAGUUCCUCCUAGUCGAGUAAAUACAUUUUUUUAAUGUUUGGGAAUAUUUAAUUUAUUCAGUUAUAUUUAGAACCUUUGUAAUUGUUUUGUUUAUAACAGUGGUAUCACUGAAUGGUCUGGUGUUACAUCCUAAUAAAGUCAUGUAAUGUCGAAUAUUUGUAAAAUAAUAAAUGUGAUUACACUAA